UGCCCAGGGGGAGCCCGUGCAUGCUGGGGGGUGAGCCCAAUCACAAGGCAGUCUUUGACAGAUCAAUUGAUGUUUCUAUGGUAACAUGGUCGGUGUCGUCCUGAAUGUCGUGACAGGUGUGUGACUGUUCAAAUCCACAGUAUGUACGCGAAAGGAAAAGGCUCAACAGUACCUUCGGAUGCUCAAGCACGGGAAAAGCUAGCGCUGUACGUCUACGAAUACUUACUACACGUCGGCGCCCAGAAAGCUGCACAGACGUUCCUAUCAGAGAUUCGAUGGGAGAAGAAUAUAACGCUAGGAGAGCCUCCUGGGUUUUUGCAUUCCUGGUGGUGCGUGUUUUGGGACCUGUACUGCGCGGCGCCUGAGCGGAGGGACACGUGCGAGCACUCAAGCGAAGCCAAGGCCUUCCACGACUAUGGCUUCGUCAAUUCCGGUUACGCCGUCAACGGCAUCGCAGCGCACAAUCCUUCGGCACCAAGCCCGCUGGGUCAGAUGCCACCCAAUGAGGGCAUGCCCGGUGGACCCAUGCCACCGGGUGGAUUCUUUCCCCAGAACUCGCACAUGAGGCCCUCGCCGCCACAGCAGCCCGCCAAUCAACCGUCCCCUCACCCCCAGCCCCCUCCCCCUCACAGUCAGAUGAUGCAGAACCAGAGGGCUGUUUUUUCGCAGCCAUUCAUGUCGCCACGGUACCCUGGUGGACCGAGGCCGGGCGUCCGGAUGCCACAGCAGGUGGACUUCAACCCACCCGGCGGUGUUCCUGGUCAACCCAUGAUGCCAAACAGUAUAGACCCAACCCGGCAAGGUGACGGAGGAGAGUUUGCUGGAUGGCAAGGGCCCCCGUCGAUGAACCCCAUGAACCCUCGAAUGAACCCUCCACGAGGUCAGCCCCUCGGUCCCAUGAACCCCGGGAACUACGGAGGCAUGAGGCCACCGCCCAACAGCACGAUGGGUCCUGGAGGUCCCAACAUGCCGCCCAUGUCCAUGCCUGGCCCUGGUGGAAGACCUUGGCAACCUAACGCCUCAUCGAUGAACUACUCUUCAGCGUCACCUGGCAGCCACUAUGGGGGUCCGCCAGUGUCGGCGUCGGGACCUCCAGGCCCCGGCACGCCCAUCAUGCCAAGUCCGCAAGGUACCCCUGGCCCCUUCUCCCCCGCCAGCCAUCGAAUGAGUGCCCCCAACGCUAGACGAGAUUCUUCAAAUUCAGGAGGUGAUGGAAUGUACGCCAUGAUGAAGCCCGUUCCAGGCGGUGGAAUGCCCGGCCAGUUCCAGAUGGGACCCGGGGGACCGGAAGGCCCCAUGGGGUCAAUGGGGCCUGACAUGGGCCCACCCGUCAUGAAUGGCAUGUCCUCUGGAGGUGACGGCCUGGACGGCAUGAAGAACUCGCCGGCCAACGGGCCCGGCACGCCGCGGGAGGACGGGCCUCCCAUGGGCGAUUACGGGAUUCCUGGAUACGGACAGGAAAAUGUGUUUCACCAGUGGAUUGAUAGUCAGGUUCAGGCGAGCUGCCGAUGCUGAACGCUGCUGCGAUCAGACGGAAUCGGCAGCAAUACUGAAGAUCAAGGAGAGCAUGCAGGAGGAAGCCAAGAGGUUUGAGAAGGACACGCCCGCCGAGCCCCCGGACUACUUCAUGCAAUAACCGGGGGCCCCCCCGCCACCCCCGCCGCCGCCACAGCCGCCAGUGCGCGCGCGUGGCAGAGCAAAGUCAAAGCCGCAGCCGAAGAAGAAGGCCGCCACCAGGGGGCGCGGGAGGCGGCGCCAACCACCGUAGUGGCCACCCCCCCGCUCCCAACUCGAGGACUGCCACACCGCACGACCGGAAAAGGCCCGCAACGCGCCGCAGGGGCAGUGACUUGGCCCCGGACGUGGCCUUGCGGCCUCUGGAUCCCUUGGUUGUGCCCUCCCUGGAGACUUUGGUUCCCGUGACUCUUUCCGUCGCAAGAUGGGCUGCUGGCACUGCCUGCGGUGACUCAAACUUGCGUGCGCGUCGUCAGUCACGUGACGGAGGCAGUGUCAGCUGCGUGCUGUCUCCUUUCAGUUUGGAGCUCGUGAUCUGCCCUGGCUCGGCUUGGGGCUGCUGUGCGCGCAGGUGCAACGGGAGGGAAGCUGCCACAAACUCUGCCUGCUGCUGCGUGUGCCCUAGCAGGCAGUUGGCAUUGCGACUCAAAGUUAGUCAUUCCUAGCCCCGGUUGUGCCCCCCACCCACUGUUCUCUGUAGUGCCCCCCUUCCCCUAAUUCUUAAUGUUCUUCCUCAACAAAGCGCAAGGUGGUGGCAGUACCGUGUUGCCUGCUGCGCAGCGGUGCAAGCUGAGCCAAGGUGGAGCGUCCCUCGCUCUGGGCAGAGCUUCCCCACCAGAGUGUGCGCGUCGUUUUCAUUAGACCAUGCCAUGGGAACUGGGCGUGCGGUCGUGUGCGUGCGGUGACUGUGCGCGGCUGGAGGAACUGGCGGAUGUUGGGCCUUCAUCCCGGAGAGACACUUCGUCCUGCUUUUCCUACUUUUGCUGCAGUGUGCCCCGUGGAGUUUUCAUUUGCUGGCCGGUGCAUUCCUCGUAUCUGAGGAACUUUCUUCUCUUGUGUUUUCUCUCUUUCUCUCUUCCUAAAAGUGAGGGGUAUUAUUUUUUAAUUGGUUCGGGGUCAGCAUGUGGAGAAUUUCGCUUUUUCUUUUUAGUGACUGGCAACUUGUCUUUUUUUUUUUUCUCCUGUUGCCAGGUCGACGCACAAUGUUGCAGGCUGCCUUUUGUGUGAACGAUGCGAGGGCUGUCUGUAGAUCUAUGCUGUCGUCAUCCUUUCCAGCACAAGGCCAGGCAUGGUUGAGGGGGUCAGGGCGGCUGGACUCGGGAAUUCCUGACGGACACAGCGGUGUCCUGAACUUCCUUUGUCUCGUUCUCGGGCCGGUGCUCGUGAGGCUCGCGACUCCCCUGAGAACGGAAAUGGAAGGGAAAAAAAGAAAGGAUAUGAAAUUCAGCCAUGGUAACACUAUGAAGUGUGCAGUUGGUAGCAGGGUCAGCCAGGAUACGAUGGUUCUCCCCAACGUUUGUAAACUUUCGGCAGGGACCAGCUUGCCAUGGCAGACUGUGGCGGCUGCCAUUGUACGUUGUCUGACCUCGUGCGCUAUGCCUCCGUGCAGCUUGUGAGGGGUGUCUGGUGAGGACACAAACGGGGCGGAUUUGCCACUGGGUUCCAGGCUGCAGCAUUUCACCAUCAAGCUGUGGGUGGACUUGUUGGCAAGGGUGCACCUCGGUGCAUAGUGUCAGUGUGUGUAAGGACUAGGUGUGAGCUUGGGCUUGUUGGUGGAGGCAUACGUACGUUAUGCAGGAUGUGUAGGAUUUCUUUUUUUUUUUUUCCUUAUUAGGAGUUUUGGGCGUCUUUCGUGCUUCUUUCUUGCGACAUCUUUCUGUGUAUGGGCGCUCAGAUUUGGGCUCUGUUUUUUUCCUGCUCAUUCUUCACUUCCUGUAAAACAAACUGAAAUGGUGUGUCUGUUACUCAAGGAGUUCGGUAACACUGUGGCAGGAUUGUCCACGAGCAUCUGCAAGUGGCGAUACGGGAGCUUUUGGUUGUAUCUAGCUGUCGAUGCUGACAGCUGUAUUACUACAAACAUCUUGACAUAGGGUCGAUUGCAGACAGUGGCACACUGGUAUUUCCCUUGGAAGCAGUUUGGGUGCUUUGUUUCAUGGUUUUUCUGGACUGGCUAUUUCUUCCAAGCUGUAAGGGAAAACUGUCGGUGAGCGAAGUUUCUUUCCCGUAGUUUUUUUUUUUCUCUUGCAUUGCAUGCCUGAGGUGUUUAUCCAUAGCGCGGCAUCAGUUUAUCGCCAGUGCUGCGUUUUUUUUAUCACAUGCAGGCUUCAUUAACGAGCAGUGUAAAGAGUGGACGAGCAUGGCGUAUGUGGCACACAAACUUCGCAGAGAGUUCUUGCUCCGGCAUCAUUCAUGCGAUGCACAUCUUUCUUGCCGACACUUAAAAAAAGUCGCGAGACAGUGCACAAAAAAAAAAAGAAAAAGCACACUGUGUGCGCAGACCACUGGGACUCUUGCAGAGAAAAUUGUUGAGGAGAAAUGCUUUUUUUUUUUUCCUUUUCUCCUCUGUAGGAGCAACUUGUAGAUGGGAGAAAGUGAGUGAAUGAGCAACUGUGCUGUGAGUGAAUGUUGUGUGGCGUGACUGGUGAGUGUGUGUGUGUGCAUACGUGUGUGCGUGGUUGGGUUUUCAUGCACGAGUCUGUGUGAAUGCAACCUGAUGUGGUUUUGGGGGAUAUAGAUUGUGCAUGUGUACAUAAUAUCUGUAUAUGUAGGGGUACAAGGAUUACAGAAGGUGUGAGGAUUAAAAAAGAAUACAAACAAAACAAAGAUGUUUAGAAGAGAGUUCUACACUGUUGCAUUUUUUGAGGCUUCUUCCUCAUUCUGUUGGUUCUUCUCUUUUUUUGUCUUUUUUUUUUACCCCGUCUCCACAACACAAGCGCUCCUUAUAUGCUUAUUUACAAGCAGUGCUUAAUUCCUCGUCUCUGGCUGCAUGUUGCAUUUGCAUCGGCUGUGUCCAUAUCGAAGCAGCGGCAAGGUGGUGAUUGACGCUUCUUUGCAUGAGCUGCGUUUCCUGACACACUCGGCAGUCGUCGAUGCUGUCGCUUUUCUCUGGCUCGCUCCACGAAGUGGAGGAGCAGUGUUGCAGCAGACUACCAGGAGGCGUCGCUGCAGUGGAAUUGGGCAGGUGGCGAUUGGCAUUGCUUGGCAGCGCUUGUCUGAAUCGGCUGCUCCUGUGGCGCCCCCACGUUUCUUGCCGCCUCCCCCCCUCCCCUUUGUGUGUCACCUCUUGCCGCUGUUUGAAGCAGUAGCGCUGCGUCGGGUUCUGUCUUUGGGGCCGCACCAUUGGGGUUGGGGGGGUUGCGCUGCAACUUAUUUGGUUUGCAGGAGGGGGAGGGGGGUGGGCGUUUCUUUAAUCGAGGCGGGAAAAAACAGCGAGCAGCAGCACUACAUGCUUUGUAUAUAUAUGCAUAUGUACACACACGACACAUAUAUGUAAACUGGCGGGUGAGUUUAACGAGGUGAGAAGAACGGCUGUGUGCAAGGUGCCCGUGUAUGUUUUUUUUUUUUUUCCUCCUUUCAGCUCUCCAGCUUUGCCUUCCGCGCGCGGUUGACGCUUCGUCGUGCGGGGGCGAAGCCAAACAACAACUACAGAGGGGUCCUGUUGGUUUAAUUUAUAAUACGCGGCGCUCUCCUCCUAUCUCUCCUUUGCCUGUGUAUCACCUUGUGCAUGUGUACUCUCUCUCCUCCCUCCCCCGGAAAAAAAAUCGUAUGAAACAAAGUGUUUCUGUUUAA